GGGAUGGCGCGGCGCGCCGCGAUGGCUGCGGCGGCGCUCGGCGGCGCCCCGGGGGGGAGACGCGGCGCGGGCGACACGGCCCGGAGGCCUCUGCGAGUCGCCGACCGGCGUCGCCAGGCGGCCAUCGCCUUCCUCACCAACAUCUCCCUCGACGGGAAACCCGCGGCGGUCGCUGCGGCUGCCGCCGGGACCGCGGCGGUCGGCGGCGGCGGCGGCGCGGAGGGCGGUGGAGGUUGUGGCGGAGGAGGAGGAGGGGCCGGCCGGGAGGCGGCGGCGGCCGCGGGCCCCCCGGGCGCGGGGCCCGAGGCGGCCGCGCCGGCGGUGGCGGCCGCGGGCCCCGCCGGUUGCGAGGCCUCCGUCCCGGCCAACAGCAGCGUGGCGAGCGGCCUCGGGGCCGAGCCGGGCGCUCUGCUCGCGGCGACGCCGCUGCGCUCGCGGCCCAGCUCGGCGGGAGCGGCACCCGCUGGGGGCCCCGGGGGGGCCGCCUCGGGGCCGCAGGGAGGAGGAGGAGCGGGAGGGGGAGGAGGCCGAGCGGCCCUGGGGCCCACGCUGAGCGUGGAGGCGCCGGGCGCGGUGAGCGACGUGCAGAGGCAGAGUCUGUUGUUCAGACGGCGGUUAGCCUCCCAGCGCUCGUCCGUAGACACCCUGGAGGAGACCGAGGCGCUCACCUCGCUGCGGAGGUGCCGCCGCACGUCUGGCUCCCCGCCCGGGCGCAGCGGGCGGACGCCUCACUUUGUAACGAAUUUAAGGCAGCAUGACACGAGCAACGGAAGGAUAGUGCUGAUCAGCGCCAAGCGAUCGUUCUGCACCGUCUUCUCGGUGCUGCCAUACCGCGAGGGCACGCACCUGGGCGAGGUGCGGGCCGAACCCGGGAGGCAGAGGCAUGCAUCCGGGGGUGUCCCCACCUCCACGGAGAUGGUGAUGGGCCUGGAGGGCGUGGAGCUGGGAGCCGAUGGCAAGACCGUCUCGUACGCUCAGUUCCUCUUCCCGACGUUCGCCUUCCUGGGCCGGAGGGGCGAUGCGCCGCCGCCACUGCCAGGGGUGGGCGGUGGGGGCAGCAGCUCGGGGCCGCAGCCCCUGCAGCAGCGCAACAGCACGGGCCGCAACCUGGCCCUGUUGCGCCAGGCCACGUUCGAGGGCCUCAAGCCCAGCAGCCCCGCCGCCGUGGAAAGCGGCCUGGGCCUAGAUGCCGUGGAGUUCCUCGAGUACAACCCCAACCUCCUGGAGGACCCGCAGUGGCCGUGCGGGAAGCACAAGCGUGUGCUCAUCUUCCCCUCCUACAUGACGACGAUCAUCGAGUACGUGAAGCCGUCCGACCUAAAGCGUGACAUGAACGACACGUUCCAUGAGAAGUUCCCGCACAUCAAGCUCACGCUGAGCAAAAUCAGGAGCCUGAAGCGCGAGAUGCGCAAGAUGGCGCUAGAGGAGUGCGCGCUGGAGGAGUCGACGGUGGCCGUGGCGUUCGUCUUCUUCGAGAAGCUCGUGCUGCAGGGCAAGCUCAACAAGCAGAACCGCAAGCUGUGCGCCGGCUCCUGCCUGCUGCUCGCCGCCAAGAUCAGCAGCGACCUGCGCAAGCCGGAGGUCAAGAACCUCCUCGACAAACUGGAGGAGCGUUUCCGCGUGAACCGCCGUGAGCUCAUUGCGUUUGAGUUCCCUGUGCUGGUGGCCCUCGAGUUCAGCCUCCACCUCCCCGAGCACGAAGUGCUGCCCCACUACCGCCGCCUCGCCAGCCACGCCUGAGCCGCCCGGGGGGGUGGGGGGGGCGGGGGGGCCGCGGGGGACCGGAGUCGCCUCUGCAAGGUGCUGUCCCUCCAGAAUCGGAGAAUCGGAGUAUUUAUUAUUUAUUCUGGAGGAAUCCGACGGGCUUUCAAAGCUCUUCUUCCACACGCGCCCAUUAGGGGCGCGGUGAGGAACGCCGAGGGGUGAUGCGGAGCCCAGACCCUGCCCCACGGGAUGGUGAACCGUGAGUCCCUGUGCAGGCCUGGUGCAGGCCUGCUGCAGGCCUGGUGCAGGCCUGGUACAGGCCGGUGCAGGCCGGUGCAGGCCUGACACGUGUGGGCAGUCCCGGUGAGUUGGUUCGGUUCCUCCGCCCCCGCUCCCCCCGCCGAGUAUUUGCAACCGCGGGAAAAGAAAAAAAUAAACUAACAUUCCUUACCCCGCGGGAAACCAAAUCGUUACGCCGUCCAUCGUGACCGUCCCGUGUUUGGUCUGCUGCCCGGAUGGGCAGGCGCUACAAUCCGCCCAUGUGAGGGAUGCGCGCACCAGCUCCGCCCGUGCAUUUUCCACCGCGACGAUUCCGGCCUGCCCUCGGUGAACCGACGUGGUCAAACAUUCUGGUUAACCGACGUGAACCAUUCUGGUGAAUUGACGUGGUGAAAUAUUCUGGUGAACCAUUGUGGUGAACCAUUCUGGUGAACUGACGUGGUGAAAUAUUCUGGUGAACCAGUGUGGUGAACCAGUGUAGUGAACCGACGUGAACCAGUGUGGUGAACCAGUGUAGUGAACCGACGUGCUGAACCAAUAUGGACCGCCGGUGCCAAUUGGUGCCGUAGGGUGGUGAUGGGGGCUGCUAAUCCCACCUUGCCUCCCCCCUCGCCCUGUGUCUGUGUGUUGGCGCCCAUCCGCGUGCGUCGCCCGCGGUCACAUGGGAGGCACCCCCCCCCAACCCCCCCCCCCAACCCCCUGACCCACUCCCCCCCCCUCCCACAUUCAACCCCACGAGCCCCGCGACCUUGGUCCGAUGUACAUAUCCUGUCGCGGCGCGUUUGACGCGUCGCGCUCCCGAUGAUGAUUGUGCGCCCACGCGCCCCCCUGAGUUUACUCGCCAGUGCCAGCUUAGACUCCUACCCGCUAGCCUCGCCCCCCCCAGCCCCGCCCCUCGUGUUCGCUGCUCCCCCCCCCCCCCACACUGACCCCCCCCCCCCACUAUCUCAUGCAGCAGGCGAUCGACGGUUCCGCUCGCAUCGUGCAUGGGGGUCGUGCACGCACACAGACACGCAUCAGCGUUACCAAUCCGUGUCUGUGUGUGUACACCGCUAGAGCUACUGGAGCCCGAGGCCAAAAGAAAGUAUGCUACUUGCACCGCUGUAGACUCCUGAUGCCAGUGUAGAGAUCGCUAGUUGUUCCACUUUAGACUCUACUAGAGUCUGAUGCCAGUGUAGAGAUCGCUAGUUGUGUCACUAUAGACUCUACUAGAGUCUGAUGCCAGUGUAGAGAUCGCUAGUUGUUCCACUUUAGACUCUACUAGAGUCUGAUGCCAGUGUAGAGAUCGCUAGUUGUGUCACUGUAGACUCUACUAGAGUCUGAUGCCAGUGUAGAGAUCGCUAGUUGUGUCACUAUAGACUCUACUAGAGUCUGAUGCCAGUGUAGAGAUCGCUAGUUGUGUCACUAUAGACUCUACUAGUGUCUGAUGCCAGUGUAGAGAUCGCUAGUUGUGUCACUACAGACUCUACUAGAGUCUGAUGCCAGUGUAGAGAUCACUAGUUGUAUCACUAUAGACUCUACUAGAGUCUGAUGCCAGUGUAGAGAUCGCUAGUUGUGUCACUGUAGACUCUACUAGAGUCUGAUGCCAGUGUAGAGAUCACUAGUUGUAUCACUAUAGACUCUACUAGAGUCUGAUGCCAGUGUAGAGAUCGCUAGUUGUGUCACUAUAGACUCUACUAGAGUCUGAUGCCAGUGUAGAGAUCACUAGUUGUCACUAUAGACUCUGCUAGAGUCUGAUGCCAGUGUAGAGAUCGCUAGUUGUGUCACUAUAGACUCUACUAGUGUCUGAUGCCAGCGUAAAGAUCGCUAGUUGCACCCGCAAGGCCCUCGUGACUUGAUUUAUGACUCGGGACGGUGCAAUGGGCCACAGGUGCUGCCACCGUGGUCUUACGGGAAGCAGCCCGAUGGCCCUCUUCGUGAAAUGUGAGAGUUUUGGGAAAAAAAUUAAUGACCAUAAUAAUUAAUGUUGCAAACAAACUCCUUCAUGCAUUCACUUGGGGCUGAGCUGCCAGGAUCCUCGGGGAUGUGGGGCCAAAGUGCCGCUUCCUUCCCGGCUUUGGGAUUCGACCUGGCCAACAGCAGCAGCGUGCUUUAGCUAACAAACCUGGCCAGUAGUUUACACUUUAGUGAACACCCCUGGUGCAUACAGCAUGCUUUAGUGAACACACUUGGCCAGUAUAUUACACUCAAGCUAACAAACCUGGCCAGUACAGCAUGCUUUAGCUAACACAUCUGGCCGGUAGUUUACACUAUAGCUAAUAGACCUGGUGCAUACAGCAUAUUCUAGCUAACACACUUGGCCAAUAUCAUUCGCUUCAGCUAACAAACCUGGCCAGCGCAAACUUACGUUUAGCUAACGCACCUGCAAAGUAUAAUACACAUUAGCUCACACAGCCGGCGCGUACCGCAUGCAUUAGCUAGCACAAGCGGUGUGUACCGCAUGCAUUAGCUAGCACGACCCGGUGCGUACCGCAUGCUCCAGACCACGCACUGCAAUGCAGCGCAGUGUUGUGAACGGAACUCUGGCUGGGCCUCCAUAAUAAUUGGGAAUGCUUUAAGCCUGAGCCUUGGCUUUGCGCCCUAUCUUGUGCUCGCGUGUUUUUUGCGUGCAAUUUAGUGCAAUUAGUUAACGUGUUGCCAAUUGCAGACGGUUGGAAUAUAUAAUAUAUACGAAUGGCGGCGCUCUGUAUGUACACGCCCUGACAAUGAAAUUAAUGUGAACAAUAGGAAUGGGUUUAAUUAUAUAUAAGAAUCAGAUCUAUAUAUAAGUAUAUUACAAGUUUUAUAUGUAUAGAGAGAGUAUAUAAGUAUGCGAUGCAUCUCAAUUUUGACUGGAGCAGGUGGAGCUAGCAGAGGGCGCUGUCGCGUCGUCUCCGCUACGCUUUGUACGGCGCAGCGAUGUCCGACAUUUCGGUGCACGCGCCGGGAGCAUUCUUCGGUAACCGAACGGAGCUUCCCCGAUGUUCAGUUCAUUGCGUGGGACGAACCCCCCCCCCCCUCGUCCCUGCCCCCACCCCGCGGAAGACACGCGGGAGAAUCGUAGAAUCGUCCGUGCGGCUUGGGCCGUGUGACGUGGUCCACACACGUGGCGACCGGAGGUGGCGGGGGCAGCGUGGACGCGAGGGGGUUGGCUCGCAAUCGACGCUCGCCCCCAACCCCGCCGCCCUCCGGUCGUCGUCGUCCAAUCGCUCGCGCCGCCGUCAGAAAGCCGAACGUGCCGGCAGUUCGUCGUUGUAUUCCUCAUCGCACGUACGGACAAGCGCACGGCCAGAGUAUUUUUUUGCGGAAUUUUCCAGUCCCCAGGAUUUUAUGCCUUGAUCAGAAGUUUAAUGACGUCGAAUUUGUAACACACAUAGUCUCCGUUGACUCUAUCUCUCUCUAUCUCGAGAGAGAGAGCGAUAGAGGGAGAUAGAGAGAGAAAGAGAGACUUGACUUUUAAACCACUUUUAUUGUUGCCAGCAGCAAUAGCACGGGAGCUGAUUUCAGUACAAAAACACAUGGAAAUACAGCUUCAAGUGUGCACGUUACAACAAAACACGACUCGCGGAACAUGCGCUGCACUCGCCAAGCACGACACAAACAGCACAUCGUCGCGCAUGCCAUGCUGAGGUGAUGCGUAGAGUCGUCUCUCCUCCGAUUACUUCGAAAAGGCCGUUGCAGGAAAUGUUUGAGGUCGUAGUGCGUCCACUCGAAGCUCCGCCACGUGUCCAAAAGGCUCUGGUAAUAACCUGGCAGCCACGUGUAGUCGACCAGGCCCAAGUCUAACAGGAAGAGCUCCUUUCCCCUACCCCAGGCACCCCCCUGCGUCUCUCAGCAGGGUGAGGACCGGCGACUUCCAGGGUAGUUCCUCCCUUUCGUACAGCAGCCGCCUCACGGCCAUAAGCCUGCAACUCAUCACCCUGGCGGCGACGUCCACCAGGACCUGGCUACCCUCGCCCACCGGCCUCAGCCAGUGCUUGCUGUGCCAGACUAAGUGCGCGAGUGAGCAGUUAAUUCUGGUGAGUAACCAGGCCGGAGGCUGGAGGGCUUUGGCCUUGUGGCACAGCAAAUAUGCUGGCAAGUUAUUAGCGACGAGCACUCCACCCCUAAAGGAUAUCUGCGGAGUGAGGCACGCCCAUGCCAGCAUUUUAGCCUCGAUCACGUCGGCCAGCUCGGUCCAAUUGUUCUAAGCGAUGUGUGGUUUCCCCAGGUAGACCCCCAGGUACUUGAUUCCGUCAGCCUGCCAACUGAUUCCUCCUGGGAGGAGCACAGAACGCACGCGGCAACGCGACCCCAACAUAGAGCCUCAUGCUUGGCCCAGUUGACCCUGGCAGAGGAGGCCUUCUCGUACACUACCACCGGCAAACAUAGCGCGGAGGCGUCCUGUGCAUCAUUGACCACGAUGCAUAUGUUGUCCCCGCGUACAUCUUGAGCCCGAGGACUGCAUUCUCAGAUCCUGGGACCUUGAGGCCAGACACAUUUUGUCUCAGGUGGCAUAGGAGUGGCUCAAUAGACACGGUGUACAGCAGCCCUGAAAGAGGGCAUCCCUGUCUGACCCCCCUCGUCAUGGGAAAAGGGGCGCCGAGCCGCUGUUUGAUUUUCAUGAGACUGGAUGUGCCCAUGUACAGGAGCCUAACGUGCGAGAUGAAAGCCCGGCUGAAGCCUAAUGACGUUGGUAGCUUGCCCAGGUACCCAUGGCUCACUCGAUCGAAGGCCUUCUGAUCCAAGAAAAGGAGGCCUGAGUCCACGUCGUGCAUUUCUGCGAGGGAGAUUAUAUCUCCAACCGUACUGAUGUUAUCAUAUAUGCACCGACCAAGGAUACAAUAUGACUACUCUGGCCAGCACCUUGGAGAACAUGUUGUAAUCGGCGCACAAGAGAGGCACAGGUCGCCAGUUUUCAUUGAAGCGCAGGUCUGCCUUCUUGGGCAGCAGGGUGACCACCGCUCUCCUUCAGCUCAAUGGGAGUUCACCCUUCUGCAGGCUCUCUGUCAUCAACUCCAAUGGGCAGGGGCCGAGCCUAUCCCAAAAGGCUGCAUAAAACUCAACUGGUAGGCCGUCAAUCCCUGGGGCUUUACCGGCUGCGAGCCCGUGGAGCUCCUGCAGGGUGAUGGGGCUGUCGAGACGCUCCCGUUCAGAGUCGCCUAAAGUCGGGCCCCUAUCUAGUAGCUCCUGGACAGCCUUGUCUUGUAUGGUUUUGCCGAUAAAAACUUGCUAAUAUAAAUCCCUGGCGAUCUUAGCGAUUUGCCUCUCAGAUGUGGUUCUUUGUCCAUCUGGGGUUUGUGAGCUUAACAUAUUGUGAGUGUUUGCCAGGUUUUUUUGUAAGCGAAAGAAACAUUUAGAGGGAGAGUCCAUCUGCAAUAAGUGCUGCAUCUUGUUGCUCACGAAUGACCGAUGCGCCUGCUGGUUUGUGAUAGACCUGAAAAGCCGCUGCUUCUCCAGCAGCAUCUCACCAUCGUGUAUGCUCUGGAGUGAGCUCAGCUCUGCCUCAAGCACCAACAGGUCGUUCUGUAGUUGCUGUACGACCUCCUUCCUAGCGGUGGCGAUCUGGCUUGUGAACUGUCGAUCGAGAGCGCUGACCUGUGCCUUGGUGUUCUCUCACCAUUACUGCCGGGAGCUGAAGCUGCUUUAGGCAGGCAGCCAUUGACCCCAAAAGGCCUUAAAGGUUUCCUUAAAAUCCUUGUCUUCAAGCCGCUGCACGUUGAGUCUCUGGUAGGCGCUGUGCUUGGAAUUCGCAGGAGCACGGAGACCAAGUGGUAAUCUGAAAACCCUCGAGCAAGUUAACCCCGCUGGCGUUUACAUCCAGUUGAUCGGACCUCGCGAGGCUUAUCCUGCCUUGAGAGCAGUAGCGGCACCAGGAAGUACUGCCACUGGGCUGAAUGCUGUAGUCACCACACGUCGAGCAGAUCCAGUUUCAGUACCGGGUCUGCGAGCGGCCGUGCAGAUUGCAGUGAGUCUCCGUGGUUUUGCAGUCGAGAGCCGGGUCCAAAGUGCAGUUGAAGUCUCCCCUCACGACCGUGUGCCCAUCGUCCGCGUUGUCUGUCGCCAGUACGUCCAACAGCACGCAGAAGAAGAGCUUCUUCCCGGACGCCCUGCUUGGAAUGUACACGUUAAAACACCUCAGCCUGGAGUUAUUGAGGGCAAAAUCAACAGAAAUCAAGUGGCCUUUUACGAUCUCUUUGAAGACCACGCCGUCUGGUACAAACAGCGAACCGAACACAAUCGCCACUCAAGCGAGGUUGUCCUCAGCAUGGCUGAAGAACGCCUAGAAAAGGCUGGCAUUGGGCCUCCAGAGUGGUGUCAAGCUGCAGAUCUGACCCCACCUCUUGUCGCUGCGAGCACUGUUGCAGUUCAGACUGGCUACCUUAAUAGCUGUGAAGCCAUGAUAUAUGUUGUUGUGUUGUGAUGGUGACAGUAGCUGCGGGGAAUCACUUCUGAGCAGAAGUAAUUUUCCUCCUCGCCUUGCGCAUGAACGUGGAAGUUGAACUCAAACCUGUCGCGAUUGCGACAAAUUUGUUGAACGGCAAUGAGGAAGGCCGUCAGGUCGGGGAAGAAGGCCUCAACCUUGACCUUACGCUGCCUGAAGGUGUACUUUAGAAAAAGGUGGAUGUCCCCAGGCGCAUAUUCACCCUCGCCCUUGACUUGUGAGUAGCUCCUGUCACUCACGCUGUUCUCUCCGUCGGUCUCGGACACCUCGUCGUCUGCUCGCACGCUGGCCUGUGGCUCGGUGAACUCCUCCUGCCACAGGAAACGUCAGGGCCUCAUCGGAAACGGGGUGGCUCUCCUCUGGCGACUGAGGCUCUGUGGCUUCCUCUUCGGGUGAGGUGAACCGGCCAUUGUCGCCCUCCAGCAGCGUGGCACUAUCAGGCGCUGCGCCGGCUCGUAGUUCGUCUUGCGGCCGAGGCAGUGUCUGGUGGUGGUGGUGGUGGCGGUGGGAGGAGGAGGUGAUGAUGAUGAUGACGGUGGUUUCUGUCAGUCGCCUCACGACACCCAUGUGAUUGUUGCGUUUCACGAAUGCCACUGCCUUCCCUGCACUGUCCUCAAACUCGCUCGGCUGCUUCGCCAUCUUGGCAGUGGUUUGUUCUGGCACCAACCGCGUCCCUCGGACGUUGACGGUUGGCGAAAAAGAGCCGUGCUCCUCGGCUGACCGUGCGUAGACCUCGGGAUUUGGGAACUCUGAGAGAUAGAUAGAGAUAGAGAGAGAGAAACUCACAGGCAAGCGGGAGCGCACCCAGAACCGGCAGCAACUGUUGCCUAAGCUCAGCUGUCCUACAGUGGCACGUUUGUCCAACCACAUUAACGGAACAUAAUUAGGAAAUGAACACAAUUAAUUCACGAAGCAACGGCACUGGGUAGUAGUAGUAGUAAUAAUGUGACAAACAAAUAACAUUUUGCAUUCACGUCGUCCGCGUAACGCGAUGCGAUGCGCAGUCAUCUUUAUUAGCCCAGGGGGACCUCCCCCCUCCUCCCCGCUAUAAUGGGGCAACCUGCCCCCUCCCUCCCUGGACGUUCGAUGAAGCGUCCCAAGAGUUUUCGAGCAAAGUUUGGGGGGGGGGCUAUCAUUGUCACCCCCCCCAACCCCAGCCAAUGACAGUGGCGGUCCCAGAGGGCCUCAGCUGCUCUGGACAGCUGUUACCGAACCUCUCCAUUGCUGCCCCUCCCCCCCGCCCCAGUGACUGCCGCCACCCCCCAGUGUCAACGGGCAGCAGUGGGGAGUGAGUGGAGACCGGGGGAAUGUACGCCAGCCAGCCAGCUAGUCAGCCAGGCAGCCAGCCAGCCAGGCAGCCAGACGCGCUCGGUCGUGCCAACCUCCCGGUGGUGCGGAGUGAAGAUCUUCCUGCACCGUGUCCGUACUGACUAGUGGGGGCCAAGGUGCGUGCGUGCGUGCUUAAACACGUUUGGCUUAUGUCCUGCUGAGCAAGAAGAGCGAUCCAUUAACAAUUUCCCUGUUCCGAUGACGUACGUGUAAGUCGCCAGUUUUUCUACCGAAUCUGUUUCGAUGAGGUACACGUGUACACGUGUACACGUCAUCAGGCGCGGCGUUGAUGCGGUGUCUCGAGCGUGACUUCUACACGAGGGCCGACCGCCGCCGCCAGCCAGCCAGCCAGCGCUGUUGUGGCGAUGCGCAGCAAGACCCGGACGUCUCCGGCGAGUCUCGUUCCGGGCCGGCCCGUAGCUUCGGCGACGUCACCAGCGCCUUUGGCCAGGAACGCGACGUGGAACGAUGAGACGUCCCCCCCACCUCCCCCCACCUCCCCCUAUUCCACGGGCCGACCGUGUGAAUCCCCAAGUCUAAGACCGUCAGAUAAAAAGAUGACGAUGACCGGCGGCCAAAAUAACUGUGGCGCGUUUAGUUUUCUAAGCGAGGCUGAUGAGGACACUGAAUGUCGAAGGCUGUCCAGGGUUUCGCUCGUAUUUAACCGAUGCUGCUGACUUUUUGACGCACUUUCCCGAAGGCCCUUGCGGCUUAUGUAAUGUGUAAAGUAAAAAAAAUACUUUACAUUUUUCUAUGUGGGGAGGGCGGCCGAGGGAAGUACGGAGGCGUAUUGUCCACUUGGGUCACGUUUGUUCCCGUGGCCGCGUUGUGCACGAGGGCGUGCGGUGGUUGCCGUGCGUCUGGGAGAGAGUCGCCUGCCGGCGGCUGCCGCGUUUCGCACCAAAGAUCAAACGUCGCCCCGCAGAUUCCUCCUCUUCUCCAUUCUGCACCGCGGUGGCUCCUUCUCCCCACGUCGUCCUCCGUGGCCGAGCCCCCGCAUCGUCACGACGGCCAGCGCUCCCACCCCCCAGCAUUGCCAUGACGACAAGUGCCCCCCCCCCCCGUGUUGCCACGACGGCGAGCGGUCCUCCCCGCUUUCGUCUCAGCCCCCACGUUGCAGGUGUCUUGUCUCAGCGAGUGUGGGAAGAGUAGGCCAAACGUCCCCCCUCCCUGGAGCUCCCUCUAUGGGGUUGGGAUAUGGUCGGGGGAUGUUUCGCUCACUCGCUCCCCAUCUGCCUACAACGCCCACUCGCUCGCCCACAUCUACCCACCCACUCGCCUGCUCGACCCCAUCUGCCUACCCACUCGCCCACUCACUCGCCCCCCAUCUACCCGCCCACUCGCUCGCCCCCAUCUGCCUACCCACUCGCCCACUCGCCCCCAUUUACCCACCCACUUGCCCACUCGCUUACUCACUCGCUCACUCGCCCCCAUCUACCUACCCACUCACCCACUCGCUCACCCCCAUCUACCUACCCACUUGCCCACUCGCUCGCCCCCAUCUGCCUACCCACUCGCUCGCCCAUUCACUCACUGGAAACCACCACUUCUGUCACCCGCUCGCUGUGAACGGUCGCCAAACUUGGUCAUUAAAGCCAUCACGUCACUUCCCCGUGUGUUUGCCACUGCCAGUCAUGUGGUGAAGUCUCGCUUUGUUUAAUAACACGUGGUGGUGGUGGUUGGUGGUAGUGGUAAGCAUUUGCGACCAAUAUUAUCCACGAUAGAGUUUUUUUUGGGGGUUAGAUGACAUCAUGUUCACUCUCCGUCUGUUUAAGACCGAAACAGCAAGGGAAGAUUUCUCCACAAGUCUGGCUGUCGCCUGACGAUGCUGGUUGUUGUUGUUGUUGUAAUCACCCGCGAAUCGUCACCGGCUCCUCGAAUUGUGUAAAUGUUGCUGUGGGUAUCACUCUCCCCAACACGCAACAACCGGCCAAGUGCUGGGCACGGGUCUGUUUACGUGACAAACCCUUCACUGGUUGGCUGCGUCGGGUGGUGGCGGGUUUAACGACGACACAACAUUUGUAUUCACGCAAUCUAACCCAACAAAAAGUUGUACUUCUAUUAUGGAACUCUAUCUUUGUUCAAUUUUAGCCGAAACUUGGCUUUGCAUUCUCGUACGGCACGUUGUCACAACCCCAACAAAACUAAAGAGCUGAAAUAACUGCGGUGAAUGAUAACGACAAUGGGGAGUCGUUCCCUCUUUGGCAUGGAUGGUAGUGGAGCUGAGUGGACUUGCCAACGACUGGUACCAGCGGUGGAGGAGGCUCGUGAAGGACGCUGCUAGGCAGUUGGAGGCAGUCGCCCUCCAACAACGGAGGGCAGAGGAGCGACGCUCACAACAACGAAUGGAGCGUUGGGUGGAGGCACAGGUGGUGCAUCGGCCACUCAUCUCAGUCAACCCAUGACACCUGCUGGGUCUGUCCCGUGACCUGCCAGCGGGCGUUCGACACUUCACAUGGCCUUAAAGUGGACGUUGCCUGGCACAAGCGCUGUGGCGAUGUCACUGCCACUUAGUGGCGAAUGGCGGUUGUUGGUGGUGGUGGUAAACAGUCAAGGGAGGAAGGUGAGAGCCCCCCAUAGAAAGGUAACAGCCCCGGAAUCAGAAUAUUUAUAUCUACUGGAGGAAUCUGAUGAGCCAUAAAGCGAAUGUUGCGGUGGUGCUGAGCUUCCCGAAGUUUCCCCGAGCGGAGAGAGGGAGCGAGGGAGAGAGGGAGCGAGGAGCGAGCGUGCCACGCACUCCCCGGCGCGUCGCCGGCCGGCCGGACCUCCGUUUGUGCGCCCAGGAUUUCAGGUGCAGGCGCCCGGAUCCGGGGCAGGGAGGAGUCGGGGGGGGGGAGUAAUCGGUGACUCGAUAAUCGGUAACUUACCGAUUACAAGCUCCGUUGCUCGACCAAUCGGAUAAAAGUCUCGCCUCUGAUUGCCGCGCGUGCCGCUGGAUGGGUGGCGGAGGGGAGGGGUGGGUUUUUUCAAGAUUUGGAGGCAGAUGGCUUUUGAAUGAGCCCCCCCGCCCCGCAGUUACCCACCGUAAAAACAAAAACAUCAACGGUGGUCAUUAUAACGUUACAUCGACCGACUUCAUUGAAUAAAAACUAUUAAAUAAUUUAUUUUACCAGGUGAGGCCCCACUGAGCUGUACAGCUCUUUUUUCAGAAGCGACCUGGCCAUCGCGAAUGAUAGAUCAACGAAAGUGAGAUCAUCAUCGUCAUCAUCAUCCUCGUCGUCAUCGUCGCGUGGAAAUUUAUAGCAACGGCCAAACACUGUUAAACGCGCGUGACGUUCAUUUUAAAUGUGGAGGGGAAAGAAAACGGAGGACCCGGAGAAAAAUCCACUCGACCACGGGGAGAGAGACACAAAUACAGAGGUUCGGGAUCGAACCCGCGAACUUCCUGCAUACCGGGCGAGGUAGUUAACAUCUCCGAGCCACCGCGGCGGCCAGCAUCGACCGAUGGCUCCGGUUGACUCUUCGUGGUCGUCGCGAGCUCGGGGUUCGGAGGUCGUCGUUUCAGAAAUGACUUUGGGCGAUCGCAAAAAUCUCCAUCCCUUUCUCGGCCGUCGUCUGUGCCAGCCUUGCGGGAAGGGGGCAGCUCGUUGUGCUUGGGUCUAAGUUGUCGUCGUCGUCAUUGCUUUGAAUCAGGAUCUGCCGGUACUUUUCCAAGAGUUACAUUUAUUUUAAACACUUUUGAUUGCCUCCGAUUUUGCUUGAAUGAAUGAAUGAAAUAAUAAUAAUAAUCAUCAUCACGCUUUACCCGAUUGUGUUUACAAGCGAUCGAUAUUGUGCAAAUGACGAAAAAAACUAAUGUCACACGUUACUGUUCAGUUCUAUUUAAAUCCACCAAUAAAAGCAAUACCUGAUGUA